AUGGAUAACAACUCGUACGAGUCAGCAGCCAAGUGGUCUGAUUCCAGCAGUCCAUACAAUAUGCUCUCAUGUUCAUUAUUACAAUCUGAUUCUGAUCUUAACCCCGGCUUCUCUUCUUCUUCCUCCUCCGGCAACUUGCCAGCUGAUGAAUUUGUCGGUGGGAUAGAGACAGGUGAGUUACUUUCAAGAAGCCAUCGUCUGGCUGAGAAGAGACGCCGUGAUCGGAUUAAUUCUCACCUCUCUGCUCUACGGAAACUUGUCCCUAAUUCCGACAAGUUAGACAAAGCAGCUCUCUUAGCGACAGUGAUAGAACAAGUGAAAGAGCUCAAACAAACAGCAACACAAUCUCCAACCUUCCAAGAUCUUCCAACAGAAGCAGAUGAAGUAACUGUGCAUCCCGAAACAAUCUCCAACGACUUUGAACCAGACACCAUCAUCUUCAAAGCUUCUUUUUGCUGCCAAGAUCAACCCGAAGCAAUCUCGGAGAUCAUUAGGGUUCUCACAAAGUUUCAACUCGAAACAUUACAUGCUGAGAUCAUCUGUGUUGGAGGAAGAAUGAGAAUCAACUUCGUCUUAAAAGAUAGCAACCGCAAAGAGACUACGACAAUCAUGGCUGCAUCUGCAAAAACUUUGAAGCAAUCUUUGUGUGCUGCGUUGAACCGUAUGUCAUCUUCUUCUUCUUCUUCGUCUACUUCUUCGGUUUGUAGGAUCAGAAGUAAAAGACAGAGAUGGUUCCUGUCUUCUCACUACUCACAAUGACAUUUUUGUCUUAAUACCAUAUAUCUUAAAACACAAGUAACAUUAUUGCUAGGGUUUUGUCGUAAUA